AUGUCGAAUGCCGAAGAAUCAGUGGCAGCCGAUGAAUUAAGAGCUCCCGUUGCGAGACGUGGUAAGAUAAAAGGGCAAAUUACAAGAUUCACUUCAUUUCUAAGUAGAGCAAAUUCCGCAGUAUCUGAAUUACAAGAUAGAUUAGAGAAAAUUGAAUGCGUUUGGACGGAAUUUGACGACGUUCAAACUAAGAUCGAGUUCAUUGACGAUUCUGAAAAACAAGAAGAAUAUAGGGCUGAAUUUGAGGAUACGUAUUACGAAGUCGUAUCUCGCGCUAAGGGCAUUUUAGCUGAUGCAGCGACCUUGCCCAAUUCUCGAAUGCAGGGUAAUUCGGGCAGUUCUGCUUUCAACGCUGUACACUCUUCAGGUGUACAGCUACCUUCCAUUAAUUUACCAAAAUUUGAUGGAAGGUACGACAAAUGGAUGGCCUUCAAGGAUGCUUUUGACGCUUUAAUUGAUAAAAAUAAAACUUUAGCAAACGUACAAAAGUUCUUUUAUCUCAAAUUAUCGGUCACAGGAGUUGCCUCAGAGGUGAUAGCAGAUUUAGAGGCCACGGAUAGUAAUUAUAAUGUUGCAUGGAAACUUUUACAAGACAGGUUUGAGAACAGAAAGUUGAUUUGCCAUACUCAUGUUAAAGCAAUUUUUGAAUUACCAACCAUUUCAAAGGAAGCAUCUUCCAAUUUACAAAGAUUGGUAGAUGACUUUCAGAAGAAUAUCAGAGCAUUGAAUAACUUAGGUGAACCUUCUGAUCAGUGGAGUACUUUAUUGGUAUAUCUUGUAUCAUCUAAAUUAGAUAUAAAAACGCAAAAAGAAUGGAUUAGAGAAUCAUCCAAACUUAAUCAGCCCACAAUUAAAGAACUCAUGCAAUUUCUUACGGAAAGGUGUCAUUUUCUAUAA